AAAGAUAAAAUCAAGCCCCUGGACAACACUAUGAAAGCCAUCAUCCUUGAAAACAUGGAAGACAUUGCAAGUCAAGGCCUACGCGUCCUCGGCCUCGCCCACAACAUCGUCAACAGACUAGCCUCCCCUUCAGACUUCACGGACGGCAUCAUCCCUAGCAGAGACCGCUUCGAGCGCCAGCUCGUCUUCCACGGCCUCAUCCGCAUCUACGAUCCGUCCCAUCCCGAGUCCAGGCACAGCGUGCUCAUGUGUCAGGACGCGGGUAUCAUCGUCCACUUGCUCACGGGCGACCAUCCGCAGACGGCGCGUGCCAUUGCCGCGGACGGGUGUACUCUCCCUCCGCCGGACAAGAUGCGCAUGUUGCCGGCGGACGUUGCGCGUACCAUGGACGGCAUCAACGCUCUUCCUCAGCUGCCCCUGAUAGUUGCUAGAUGUGCACCAGUUACAAAAAGUCCGGUUAAUCGAGGCCCUCAUAGACGAGUCUGCUUCUUAGCCAUGACUGGCGACGGCGUCAACGACAGUCUCAGUCUCAAGCGAUCAGACAUCGGCAUCACCAUGGGCUCAGGCUCAAACGUCGCCGAGGAAUCAUCCGAUAACAUCCUCACCGACGACAACUUCACGUCCAUCCUCAACACCAUCGAAGAAGGCCGUCGGAUCUUGGACGAUAUUCAAAAGUUCAUCCUCCACAUCCUGGCGUUCAAGGAUAGCGCAAACGACUCGGUAAUUCUGCUGACGCCCGUCGAGAUCAUUUCGAUGCUUCUCGGUACUGGUGCUUUGGCCGAGACGGGACUUGAGUUUGAGGCUACUGUCGCAGAUAUCCUGAAUCGUCCUCCCCAAGAUGUAAGCUUUCCCCCUAUUUCCCCCUCCUCUACGAUUAAUAGCUCCUUCAACACCGUCAUCAUUGCCUUCGGCGACGGCAACCUGGGUUCUGACUGCAUUAACGCCUACUCACCCGCGUGCCACACCGUCUUUCGCGCCCGCGUCACAGCCUACACGGCCAUGACGUUGAUGUUCCUGCUCUUCUCUUGGGAGCUCCUCGACUUGCGCCGGUCCUUCUUCGACAUGCGGCGCGGUGGCAAGGGGGCCCGCGCUACCGUAGUUUCCAUACACGCUGGGAUUGGCUGGGAGUGGGGAGUCGUGUUCGUUGCCGUCGUUGUAUUUGUUGUUGGCGCUGAGGUGUGGAAGUGGGCGAAGAGAGUCUAUUUUCGGAGGCAAGGCCGGAUAUCACGGGGUUCAGCUCCAGUGAGUGAAGUUGCGGUUGCGUGAUUGCUGGUUAUCAGUUGGUUGGUUGGGGAUU